AACAACUAGUAGUACUCUACCAUGCGGCAGCUGCUCCAGCUUUGCCUUUCUUUGCCUUUGCCAUUGCCAUCGCCAUCGCCAUCGCCAUCGCCAUCCAUGGCUCAGCUGGAGGAGGGAGAGCUCUAGCUGCCUGGUGGAGCAGCAUCAUCUCCCCCUACCACAACCUGCUGUGCUGCCACCACCACCACUACCGCCAUGGCUUCUUGGCCCUAGCAGAGAGUUAUAAAUCUACCGCCUCCGCCGCCGCCGCCGCCGCUGCUCCUGCUGCCGCAUUCAAUGGCGACUGGGUGUCAGUACUCCCAUGCCCUGCGGAUGUGAGAUGAGGAAUCGGGGAUCGUUCAGUCUCGCUGAGUACUGACUGCCCUGCUGAAUAUUUGGGGGUGGAGAGUCUUUGGUCUUCACCAUCCUGUUAAAUACCGCACUUGAUUGUUUCAGAUAAACUGCUUAGUUCAUGUCAUCUAAAUCGCUGUUGCAAAGUAUGCCUGGUCAAGCGGCAAAGCCGAAGGACACUGGGGAAGAUGAAAGGCAGGGAGGUAAUUCUGAGAUAGUUUCAGAGGAGCGAACGCCAUCUGACAAGCAGCAAGGUUCUCCUGUGUCUAUGCUGGACAAGGAGCUUUCGGGCAUAUCUUCAGAGUCUGGGACCCUGGAUGAUUCAUUAGUCGUGGAGGAAGAUUCUGGUGAGUUAAAGGAGAUCCAAAACUUGGAUUGUAAUGGGAAUCAGGAAAAGAAGACGUCACAAAAGAGUAGUACAAGCGACAGCUUCGCUUCUGCUAAAGUGAGUGAUGGGACAAAUAGUUUGAGGAAGACCAGUGGUAGUGCUAAGACAAGUGACAGAGCUAAUUUCACUGAGAGCGGGAAGAGCAGCAUGUGCCGCGCGAGCACGAGCAGCGACAUAAGUGAUGAGAGCUCGCGCAGCAGUAUGAGCAGCGCCACUACAAAGCCGCACAAAGGGAAUGAUUCAAGGUGGGAAGCAAUCCAAACGGUCAAAACCAAGGAUGGUAUUCUUGGUUUGAACCAUUUUAGACUGCUUAAGAAGUUAGGCUCAGGAGAUAUUGGCAGCGUGUAUCUCUCAGAAUUGAGUGGUACUAGGAGUUACUUUGCAAUGAAGGUCAUGGAUAAGGCAUCUUUGGCAAGUCGGAAGAAGCUUCUUCGAUCACAGACUGAGCUUGAGAUACUGCAGUCCCUUGAUCAUCCAUUUCUACCAACCCUAUAUACUCACUUCGAGACGGAUAAAUUUUCAUGUCUGGUCAUGGAAUUCUGCCCUGGAGGGGACCUUCACACUCUUCGACAAAGGCAGCCUGGAAAACAUUUUUCAGAGCAAGCAGCAAAGUUCUAUGUGGCAGAGGUUCUCCUAGCUUUGGAGUACCUGCAUAUGCUUGGUAUCAUAUAUCGUGAUCUGAAGCCAGAAAAUGUCCUAGUUCGGGAGGAUGGCCACAUCAUGCUGUCUGAUUUCGACCUCUCUCUGCGCUGUUCAGUGAGCCCAACUGUUGUCAAGUCUGCAAAUCCUACCUUAGAUGCAUUGCAGAGGAAUAAUGCAGCAUACUGUGUUCAGCCUGCUUGCAUAGAGCCAUCGUGCAUUCAGCCAUCAUGCGUUGCUCCAACCACGUGCUUUGGACCUAGGUUCUUCAAGUCUAAGUCCAAAUCAAAGUCAAAGAAGGAGAAACCGAAGCUGGAUGCUCCAAACCAAGCUACCCUUUUCCCUGAGCUCAUCGCUGAACCAACUGAUGCUCGGUCCAUGUCAUUUGUCGGCACCCAUGAGUACUUGGCCCCAGAAAUUAUAAAAGGGGAGGGCCAUGGGAGUGCAGUGGAUUGGUGGACCUUCGGCAUAUUCUUGUAUGAGCUAUUGUUUGGCAAGACCCCUUUCAAGGGUUCAGGCAAUCGAGCUACGCUCUUCAAUGUCGUUGGCCAGCCCUUGCGGUUCCCAGAGUCCCCGAUAGUGAGCUUCUCGGCGAGGGACAUGAUAAGGGGACUACUGGUCAAGGACCCUCAGCACCGACUCGGUUACAAGCGUGGGGCUACAGAGAUAAAGCAGCAUCCAUUCUUUGAGGGUGUCAACUGGGCACUAAUAAGAUGCGCGAGCCCUCCAGACAUACCAAAGCCAGUUGAGCUCGAUUGUCGCCCAAAGCAGGUGCCAUCAGCAAAUGGGAAGGUUGCACCAGCUUCCAACCAGAAGGGCUCAGACAACUAUCUAGAGUUUGAAUUUUUCUAGGUUUCUUCUUUUGUGGUUUCUGAAUCCAAAAACAGUGCAUUUGAGCUGAUGCGUGAAACAAAGAGAACAUGUAGAGCUCCUCCAGGCAUAUGCCUGGUAACGGGGAACUCUUCAGUUGUAGAUUUGUAAGCUCAUUUCUGGAACCCCGAGUUAUUUUCCAUUGAACUGCUUAACUCUAGUCCAUACUGUCUCUCUAUCGGUGCUGCAAUUUUCAAAGCCACCAGUGCUCUACUUGAA